AUGACGUCUACUGACGAAGCUGAAUUGAUUCGUGAUGGCGAAGAAACCGAGCAAAAUCAUCGGUUUAAAGUCCAAAUCAACGAGAAGGAUUUGCUAUGUGUCAAUGGAUGUGGUUUCUAUGGUACACCACAAUGGGGAAAUCGAUGUUCGAAGUGUUGGCGUGAACACCAAAUUGCUGAGAAACGUAGCCAAGAUUACGCCAAGAACAAGACGUUGCUUAGUUUCGAUAGUUUCCAAGAACGGCGCAAAAUGACAACAGAAAGUAGAACGACGAUUAAAAAGAUCUUCCGCUCGCCGUCCAUGCUCACAUCGACAUCGAGUCAGUUUGCCAACCAGUUGUUGCUCUUAAGUCUUAAUGUUUUGUUGAGUAAAUUAAGUAGACAGCUAAGUCCAGAUAGCAUGGCGGCACGUGAAGUGCUAACCGAUUUUCUUGUGACGAAUCUAUCGACAGCAGUGCUCCAAGAAGUAACUCGACAACUGCGAGUUACUCCAGAUGAAUUGUCUGAGCUUCUUCAAACUUUCUAUCAAUAUUUGUUAGAUAAACUGAACCAAAAUCCAUACUUUGUGCAGGAAAAAUGUAAAGUAAAAGUCGAGGAUGUAGUAGAAGAAGUGGAGAAAUACAUUUGUAUAUGCUGCUAUACCAACUUGUUCUGCGCUAGUUCUGACGAGGAAGUUGCGGAUUUAUCCCUUCAAGAACGAAUACGAUCAUUGAAUUGGGUAACUGCUGGAUUCCUAGAAACAAAACUGGAUUUUACUCGGCAGACAGUGCGAGAUCUUCUCGACGACGCCAUUGCUGAAAUGAUCGACAUUAAUAUCCAUAGAAGGUCAGAUGAAAAAUUAGGAUGCCUUGUACGGUGUUCCCAUAAGAUCUUCGAAGCACUAAAAGAGAGUUGUGCACCUACGAGCGCAGAUGAAUUUCUUCCUGUGCUUAUCUAUGUUCUGCUUAAAGGGAAUCCCCCACUAAUUCAGUCAAACGUGAAAUUUAUCAGCCGAUUUGCACUUCCGUCACGAAUUAUGAGCGGUGAAUCUGUGGGGAACAAGGAAGUUUCAGGAUAUUUUUUCACCAACCUCUCGUGUGCGCUGCAGUUCGUGCAGGAUAUGAACUACGCUAGCUUGAAGAUGGAACAGUCGGAAUUUGAAGCAUACACGUCUGGCGAUUUGGUUCCGCCACUAAACAUGAUGAGCUGCGGUUGUAACCAAGUUUGUUGUCUGUCAUUGUCUAUUCACGUGAGUUCGAUAGGAGAGUUCGGAAGUUUGAAAAUUUGA